GAGGUUACAAAAAUGAUAAAUAAAUAAACUGUCACAUACUCCUCUCUAGUCAAUAAUUUUUAAGUUAUUAACAAUGGACCCACUGCCAGCUUUGGGUAACAUAUUCAGCGCGAUAAGGAGUCUACCGCAGGGCCACGACAAACCGGUAAAACAAGCGGUCUACAACGCUGUGGCGCUUUUCCUGCUAUUCGUUUGCUGCGCCGCCGCCUACGCGGUCUACAUGAUAUUGGAGCCCUUCGUGAAGCCUCUAAUGUGGGCGGCGCUCGUCGGAUCAGCUCUACAUCCCUUAAAGAGAUCCCUAAGGGACAGAUUCAACGCUUGGUUCAAAACGUUAGAAGUGACCAGCACUCCGGUGGUGUUCGGGAUAUUUCUUAUACCGGUGAACAUAGUGAAUGACAUUUCGGAGUUCGUCGGCAGGAAUAUAUGGAAACGGGUGAAAUUAAUCGUUAUAUUCGGUGUAACAGUACCAGCGAUAGUGGUGAUAUACAAUUACACUCCAAAGAUAUUGGUGAAGGUGUCGUGGAGAUUGGUAUCGUACGGGUUCGGUUCGUUGGGGUUCUUUUUGGACGUCUCGUCUUUUUGGUUAGUGAGCUUGAUUCUAGUGGGUUACGUUUCGAUGGUGUUUCUACUGUGGAAGCCCGAAAACAACGCCAAAUUCCAUUACGCUUCGAUAGUCGUGUGGCUGUUGUGCUCGAGUUGCGUGGCCAAACAGUUCGGGUUCUUUCGAGUACCCGUGUUCGUCGUAUCCCAAAUAAUAUUCUUCGGCGGGUUUCUAUCGGAGAUAUACGAAUUCUACAAUAGCAUGAAGAACUCGGACAAUCCUAUAACUUUAGUGGAAUCGGUGUCUCUUAUGUUCCACCAACAUCACAAUAAAUUAAUCGAAGAUGAUACGAGUGUUGGAAAUACCUCCGAACGAACCAUCGGAGAUUCAGCCAUUAACGAAGAAGCCACCCAAACCGUCGAAAAAGAUCCAUUCUCUUUGGAUCUAUUCGAUAAGAAACCUUCCACGAACGAUCAGCAAUCGAAGAAACCUUCGAUGACUACGAUCUACCAAAGAAAACCGCCCCUAAAGCGAUCCCUAUCGCAACCCCAUUUCACAGCCAAGUUUCUCAAAGACUCCUCCAGCUUUCGCAUAGGCAACGUAAACCUGAGCUAUUCGAAUUCUAGUUUAGUAGACGCCGCCAACUACGAGAGCAACUUUUUCCUCUACUCCGUCAUGUGGGCCUGCGUCGUGAUGAUAUUCUGGAAGAACCCCAUGCUGUUGCUUCUUCUACCCGUGCCCAUUUUGUACUUCCUUUCGAAGCACUUGGGUUACUACAUCGGCCUGUGGGGUUACCUGCACGAAAAGGGCCGCGCAGCCUUCGAGAAUCUCUCCCAAUGGUGCUACGAAAGACACGAUGCUCUGGUACCGGUACCGGUACGAGGACUCUACCACAUCGUACACAAACUCAACGUUAUUCUAAAAUCCUGCGUACAAGAUUCGAUCGAUACAGUGGCCUCUUGCAUGGUGAUAUUCGGUUUGAUUAUAUUCCUUUUGUGCGCUUCGGUGUUUAUAGCGUUCCAAAUCUACGCCGAAGGUAUUAUGUUAGUUCAAAUGACAGGAUCGUUGAUCAAUCAAACGGUGGUGCAGAAUCCGGAAUUGAAGCAAAUUUUACCGCCCGCUUGGGACGAUACCUUCGAUUCUAUAUUGGAUAACGCCUAUCAAUACGGCAGAGAAGGCAUCCAGAAAACGGUCAGAGGUAUGAUGUCCGAUGUGGAUCCGGCCAAAUCGGAGAAACUCGAAAGCCAAGUGUUGGAAUUGUGGGACAGAGUGUACCAAAAUUGGAUGUCAGCCAACGAUAGUAGAGGUCCAACGGUGACAGAUGACGCCGUUAGAGCCACAUGGGACAAUUUCGUGGCGGAUAUACAAAAGAGUCCGGAAAUGUUCAAUUUGAGCGGAUUGUUGGAGUUCGGCAGGCAGAACAUCGGCACGCUCAUAUCGUUGUUGGAAUCCGUUUGGGGUAUACUCAAAGGUAAUAUUAGUUUGAUCCUGGGAUCGUUUAGUACAUUCGUAUCGGUAUUGUUGGGAGGCGGUACGGCAGUUUUGAAUUUUUUAUUGAACGUUGUGGUGUUUCUAACGACGUUGUUCUAUCUGUUGAACUCCAGCGGGGAUCUCUACAAACCCGUGGAGUUGCUGACGAAUUUCUCGCCGAGCGGUAAGAGAUUCGGACAGGCCUUGGAAGGGGCCAUCAUCGGUGUGUUUUCGGCUUCGUUCAAAAUGGCCGCUUUCUAUGGCAUGUGGACGUGGUUCAUUCAUAAUUUAUUCGGCGCGAGAAUCGUCUAUUUACCAUCGGCUUUCGCUACUAUAUUGGGAGCGGUGCCUUUUUUGGGUACCUAUUGGGCCUGCGUACCGGCUCUGUUCGAUCUGUGGUUGGCGCAAGAUAGAGGCGUUGCCGCUCUAAUAUUUGCCGGUGCUCAAUUCCUGCCCACUUCGAUCGUCGAUACGAUUAUUUAUAAGGAGAUCAAAGGCGGCGGGCAUCCAUAUUUGACCGGUUUGGCCAUCGCCGGUGGGAUAUUUUGCUUGGGAAUGGAAGGAGCUAUAAUUGGUCCUUUGCUGUUGUGCGGGCUCUACGUGGCUGUGGAUUUGUCUUCAAAUUUGUUCAAGGAAACCCCAUCGGAUGAACCGUUGAAUUUGAGAUUGAGGCAAUUGCAAAAUUCAUAAUCGUGCUUGCUUAUUAUUUAAGUAUUAACUUGUUGCACGAUGAGAGUAGUAAGUAGAUUUUAAUGUUGUCUAUUUUGAAUUUUUUAAAAAGCGUUGAAUUAUUAAAAAUGUUUAUUAAACAUAGGGUGCUACUAAUUGAAGGUACUUAUUUACGUAAUUGUGAUUUUAUGUAAACUUGUGUUGUGUUUUAGAAUUAAAAUUGAUUAAAAAGUAAUUAAGCAACGUCCUCUAUAAUAACAUGACAAAUAUUCUAUUUCGAAUAAAC